AUGGAAACUAUUCAGGAAACUGAACACAUGAAGGAUGGCAGUCAAACCCAGCAGGAAACUGACACCCAGAUAGUCAACAUCCUCCACCCUAAAGAAGUAUGUAGAGUUGGUUCCUGGAAUGUCCGCACCCUCUACCAGACAGGAAAAUUGGCUCAAGUCUUAAAGGAAAUGGACAGGUAUAACAUCCAAAUACUAGGUACAUGUGAAACUAGAUGGACAGGAAACGGGACUCGUAAACUUGCCACUGGUCAUCAGAUACUUUACUCAGGAAGAAAAGAUGAACAGCACAGCAGUGGAGUAGGCUUAAUACUCAGUAGGAAACUAGGGAAGUGCAUGUUAGGUUGGAAACCAUAUAGCGACAGACUUCUUUCGGCAAGAUUCCAUUCAAAAUUUGCUAAACUGACUGUUGUAGUCUGCUACUCACCUACAGAAGACAAAGAUGAAGAAGAAAAGGAUUCCUUUUAUGAAGAACUGCAGAGAGCCAUAGAGGAGACACCAGUUCAUGAUGUACUACUCAUACUUGGUGAUCUCAAUGCAAAAGUCGGCACUAACAACGAAGGAAAAGAAUCCAUAAUGGGAAAAUAUGGCUGUGGUGUUAUAAACAACAAUGGUAGUAGACUAGUCGAUUUCUGCCAAGAAAACAAGUUAGUUAUUGGAGGCACCAUCUUCCAACAUAAGAACAUUCAUAAACUAACAUGGACUUCACCAGAUGGUCACACAAGGAACCAAAUUGACCAUGUACUUAUAAACAAGAGGUGGAGAGGAACAUUGCAGGAUGUAAGAGCAUUGAGAGGGGCUGAUGUAGGAAGUGACCACACUCUUGUCCUAGUAAAGCUGAAAUUGAAACUGAGAAAGAUAAAGAAAGGGGAACAGCGGUCACCUCAAGUGGAUGUGAGUAAACUCAAAGAUCCCACACUCAUGAAAUCAUUUCAGCUAGAGGUUAAAAACCGGUUUACCAUCCUAAGAAAUAAAAAGAACUCGGUAUUGAACAAUUCAACACCACACUUGUUGAUGCGGGAAAGAAAACACUGGGGUUGA